AUGCCAUAUAGAAAUCCAGGUAAGAAAACUAAAAAAAAAAACGUGAGAGAUCAACUGAAAACUCGUGGUAUCCUGAAGGAUGUAAAUACGAAUAAAAAAGAUUUGGUGAAAGAGUUAGAAAUAGCAUUAGCCAAAGACACUUUAGCGAAAAUAUCAGCCACGAUUCCUGCUCAGUUACCUGAUAAUGAUGAACUUACAUUUGUCUUUGAUAUUUUUAGCUCGCAUACUGCAGAAAGUAUGCUUGCCCAACUAAAACAAAAUGUGAAAGAUAGCGCAAUUGAAGAAGAAGAAGUACCAAAGUUGAAGACCAUACAUAAUUAG